UGCAGUUGCAUGUCUAGGCGAACUGAAAAGCCUGGGACUUUACCCUCUACCUUUCGCUGGAUAUUUGCUUUCUCCAUACCUUCGCUUGUAGGGCCAUUAAUUCAGCCAAUCUCUUCUCAGUAGAACGCAUUCACUGAAAAAUCCUCAAUUUCGGUGUUGGAGUUGGCCUUUGCAACGAGGUAGAGAAGAUGGAUCGAGUGAGCAGUCGACCAGACGAGCUUCUUUGUCAUGUAUUGUCCUUCCUCCCCACCAAGCAAGCUGCUUUGACUCCUGUUCUCUCAAAGAGAUGGCUCAAUCUGUGGAAACUUGUUCCUAAUCUUGACAUUGAUGACUCUGUCUUUCUUCACCCGGAAGAGGGGAAAGGGGAAAGGGACGGGAUUCGACAGAGCUUCGUCGAUUUCGUGGACAGAGUACUGGCUAUGCAGGGUGAUUCUCCUAUCAAGAAUUUCUCCCUCAAGUGUAUAACUUGUGUCCAUCCAGAUAUUGUGAAUCGUUGGAUACGUAAUGUGCUGCGGCGUGGUGUUUCAGACCUUGAUCUUUUCAUUGAUUUUUCCUGGGAGGAUAUCGAAGAAACUAGUUAUUAUCUUCCUGAAGAGAUGUUCUUAAGUGGGACACUAGUUAAGCUAAAAUUAAGAAGUGAACGCUCUGUUGAUUGGUGGCAUGAAGAUAUGGGCUCUUCUUUACCAAUGCUUAAAAGUCUUGAUAUUGACUCGGAGAUGAUUUUUUGUGAUGAUAUUGAGAAGUUUCUUCCUUCUUUCCCUGCUGUGCUUGAGGAAUUACGAAUGGCUAAUAUGGAGUGGAGAAAUUUUGAUGUAACCGUGUCAAGUGCUAGCCUCAGAAAGCUAAGUCUCCACGGCACCGGUUGUGAAGGCUUGAAACCCUGGCAAAAUCCAAAGAGCUUUUCUUUUGAUACUCCAAGUCUGCUUUACUUAAACUACUCUGAGUUUGUUGCGGAGGAUUAUCCAUUAGUUAAUAUGGAAAAAUUAUUGGAGGCUCGAAUCAACCUUAUGGUAAGUGAUGAUCAGAUCAAGCGAGUAAGAGCGCCAGACAGUGACUGGUUAGAGGAUGAUGAGGAUGAUGAGGAUGGCGAGGGUGAUGUUGUUCAAAAAUUUGGCAAUGUGGUGAAGCUCAUGAAUGGCAUACACCAUGUUCAGAGACUUCAAUUGCCUCCUGAUACUCUCGAGGUGCUUUCUCUGUGCUGUGAAUCGAUGCCGGUGUUCAACAACCUCAAAUUCUUAGGUGUUGAAAGUGAAGAGGACCGAGGAUGGCAAGCAAUGCCAGUUUUACUAAGGAGUUGUCCACAUUUGGAAACUAUAAUCUUUCAGGGUCUAUUACACUAUGUAACAGAUCAAUGUGGGGAUGCUUGUGCCUGCAUUUCUAGGGAAGACAAAGGCCGAUCACUCAAAUAUUGUCCAGUGAAUAGGAUAGAGAUUCAAGGGUUUCGAGGAACAAUGAAAGAGAUGGCCAUGAUAAAGCAUUUCCUGGACUAUUUUCCGUGUUUGAAGAGGAUGGACGUCUUUAUUGAAGAGAAUGAUCCUACACAGCUCAGAAACCAUGAAGUGUCUAAACUUGUCAUUGAGAUGUUUAGACUCUACGACAAGUUAUCGAGUUGCAAUGUCCAGCUUCUGGUGAGUGAUUUCUUGGAUCAGAAGUGGACUGCACAAGGACAUCUCUGAAGCACAAGACUUACUUGCUGAUGGUUUUGCCAAUCUUCCGUUGGAAAUUAACUUCGCGGUUCAAUUUUGUUUAACUGGCUUGAAAACCUUUGUUUUUACCGUUUGUCAGAGUUUGCUGGGUGUUGUCUUUACCUUGAUUUUACCAUCUUUUGUCAUGGUGUUGGUUUUAA